GGCAUGACUUGAAGCGAGCUAGCGCAGGACCGCCGCCCGUCGGUCCUCUUAACAAAAAAUCUAUUUUGGGGAGGGUUUUAAUAUUUGACUCCAUAGAGCUGCUGAAGUACUGAGGGAUAGAAGCACAUAAUCAAGAAAAUGGGGAAAGGAGACCUCUGGGACGAUUCUGCUCUCAUCAACGCCUUCGAUCACGCAAUUUCCAAGUACAAGACGAUGCAUGGAAUGGGAGGCCGAGGUGGGUCAGGUGAGGGAGCUCAAGGAGGAAAACCCAUUACCAAUAAUGGGGAAGAUUUUGAAGUUGUUAGUAAGAGCAGUGAAGUUAGCUCCUCGGCUGGACAUGUGGACGCAGCUGAUGGCAAUAACACUGCAUUAAAUGCAACUGCAGAAAUUGGUGAGACUGGUAAACUUUCACCAAUCGAGGAAUAUCCUUCUGUGGAGCUAGUUUCUCCUGAAAAACAUAUAGUGCAAAAUGGUAACCAUACAUCUGAGAAAGAAAAUUCUAUGAUGGAGUCAGGUUCUCCAAAGAAACAUAUAAGUUCGUCCAAUGCGCAAAAUCUUCAAGAUGAGGCCACUUGGUACUCACAAAGUCCAGAAGAGUACAACCAGUUACUGAACAAAUAUUAUGAGCUUGAGAGUCAGAGGCAGAAUAUUCUCCAGCAACUUAACCAAUUCAGCAAUUGGAGCUAUGAGCAUCCUGUCUCUAGUACAUUAACUUCUGAAUACAAUCAAGGUUCAAUUGCCCAAUCUUCUUACCAAACAGGUACCUGUUACUGUCCAUAUGGCUGCCAAAGUUUGCUGGCCUGCUGCCCUUUGUUACCAGCUCAUUGUUCAGAUGGUGCUUGUGUUGAUAAAAGUUGUGAUACUUCUAGAAUUGGUUGUAAUGGGAAUUUAGCAUCUCAGGAAGAUCAAGGUUUUGUCAAAACAGCAAUGGUUGCUGCAGAAAGAGCGCUUUCUUCUCUUAUGAAGGAAACUUCCCAGAAGGCUGAUGCAUCUGUAAAUGGAGGGGAGGACAAAGAGUUGCGGCCAGAAGUUCAUUUAACAGAAAGUACUGAGUCUGGAACAGAUCUUACUGUGGUUUUGAACGCUUGGUAUUCUGCAGGUUUUUACACUGGAAAGUAUCUUUCAGAGCAAUCCUUGGGAAAAACGAGACAAGGCUAAGGUGCAUUCAAUGUUAAAGUCGUGGUGAAACAUUUUGGUGUGAUUUCUGUGAACAAAGAAGUUCUUUCCUGUGGUACAUGUACAAUGAAAGAGCACAUCUGUUGGCUAAUAAUAAUUGUGAUAGCUCAGAGAGACAAAUCUUUCUUAAUGAGAUGUUAUGAAGUAGGGCUAUGGUCUAUUUGCCAUCUGCUAACCAAUUUAUUCGUCGUUGUUCUCCUCAAGAUCUUGUGGUUGCAUGUAUGAUAAAUCACGCCACACCCUUAUCAGUCUUCUACUCAUUUUUUAA